AACUUGGAAAACUACAGAAUACGCGAUUCCAUCCUUUUUGAUCAAAACACAAAUUUGUUGUGUUGUUGUGAAACAGUUUAAAGACGUUAUGUUAGUGGAUUUUUUUAAAUUCAUUCUACUUUUAAGUUGUAUUAAAUUUAAGCUCAAAUUUGGCUCACACCGUUUUCACGGUUACCAAGAACAACAAAGAAAGUAUUAGUGGUCCACGUAGUCCUGAAACGCAUCGUUAAGGCUAGAAAAAUGGUUAAUAUACUACAUUACCCAGAAUACUGUGUGAUUAAACUCGAUCCUCGUUUUGUUUACAGUGACUUCUGUUGAGCGAGGGCUCUUUGUGACGACUUCUGAACACUUUUUGUUGAUAUAAUAGUGGUGAAAUAGCUGGCUUGUGUGGCUGUUGGCAGAAGAGGACAUUAUAGUGACGGUUGGGAUUACAUUAAACAGAUGAUGACGUUCCCAGGUCACAAUCCUCACCUGCUCAGGUGGCGAGGGCUCGGCAAGAGUAAAACAUCUGCGGACAAGAUGCAUGUGAAGAAUGGUGAUAUCGAUCGGUGGAGAAAGCGCGUGGAGGUGGCCUCCGAGUUUGCUGUAUCUGAAGUCUUCUCCCACAAGAAACCUCGUUCAGGAACCAACAGCCUAGGUGUACCAUUGCAAAGCUCUGACCAGUUAAGAGAUCACGAUGACGCUUACAGUGAAGCUCAGGCUCUUCUUGGUGAUUGGCUGAGCAGUAAGCUGCGGCUGGAGCUGGAGGUGGAUGAGGAAGAUGACCUGAUGUGCUGCGAUGAGAGGAGAAGCCCCGCUGCACUGGCUAGUGCUCAGCCUGCUGCCCUUAACUACAGCAACUUUGAUGAUCUGUACAACUGCCUGGCCGAGGAGGAAGAGCAAAGUGCUGUUAAUAGCUUCCUACAAAACCUGAUGGAGCAAGAGGUGUUGGACUCUGGGGUGAUGGAGGAACUGGCUCUGGAUGUUGGACAAACAAGGAAGAAGUUCAGAAAUCCAAUUGUCACCAUGGAAGCACGACACCUGCAGGUGCGAGAGAACAGAGCCCGGCGGGAGGCUGAGAGGCAGAGGCAACAGGGAGAGAGGGAGGCUCGGUGGGAUGCCAGAGAGGAGGCAAAGAGGAGGGAGCGAGACGAGGACACGAGAAAGAGGCAGCAGGCACGUAGACAGGAUGAGAUGAUGCAGCAGGAGAUGGUGACACUGCGACGCCAGAUGGAGGAGAGGAGAGGGCUGGAACAGCUGGUUCGACAGAGGGAAAGAGAGAGAGUGGAAGGGCAAAGGGCAGCCAGAAGCCUCCAGUCAGCUCCUCUGCCUCUCACAAACCAGCAGCCGAAGGAUAGAGAGCGACUUUAUAAAGAACAGAAACUUCAAACCAUGGUUGACAUGGUAAAUCUCAAGUGUCUGCAGAGGCAUUUCUCUGGAUGGUAUUCAGUUGUGUUGGACCGAAGGCUACGUUUAGGGAAGGCCAUGGCCCUCUGUGACUGGAAGCGGCAGCUGAGAGCCUGGCGUGCGUGGCGGGCAGUGGUGUGGGCAGAACAGCAGCAGCGAGAGGUGGUGAGAACGGAAGAGGAUCUACGAGCUGAACACAGACACUGCCAGCUGGCUGUGGAGAGUGACCGAAGGCGGUUAUUACGGCGAUGUCUGAAUGAGUGGCAGUUAUGGUGUCGCUUAGAGAAGGAACAACGAGAGCUUUUGGACAAGCAGCAGGAGACCCGUCGCAAGAUGGCUGCCUUAAUCAACGCCGCAUCAACAGGCAAACUCAUGUCCACAGAAACACCAAAUUUUCAGGCAAUUAUGGCCCCACCUGAGGCUUCUAACCCACCAGAGACCCCAGAGAAGGAGGAUCACCAGAGGUCAGGCACUGUAGCCCCCAAAGCAUCUGCAGCACCUCAGAAAAAGCCCCCUGUGGGUGCUGUGGCCCGGCCCACUCAGCCAUGGCAGGUGAGCAGACGCCAUGCAGCACCGACUGCUGCUGAGCUCCAUGGGGCACGGCAGAGAGGUGAGGGCGGCAGCUCUACCGGUUCAAAAAGCGCAGUGUUGCCGGGCAGCAGGUUUGAGAACAGACACGCCGUCCAGCAGCAGAUCAUCACACAGCAGAAGAAGCUGUUGAAGGAGCAGCAAGAGCAGAUUGCACAUCUGAAGAAGGAGCAGAGUGUGAUGGGUUUGGAGCUGGAAAUUGAAAAAACCACACAGCUCACCCAGCUAUCAAUGCUAAGAGGACCAAGACCAAAGAGCCACAACUUUGACCGCACAGAGCAGAGGGCAUCAGGAGUUCAUGGGGAACCUGACAGUCUCUGUGCACCGCCAAGCAAAGCUGUCACACAGCAGACACUCCCCCAUCCAAUCAUCACGGCCAUGGAGGUCCGUGCACGUCAACGUGCUGAACGAAGGAAGGAAAUCGAGGAACUCAAGAGAAAGAAGGACGAGGAAAAACUGGCUGAGAUGAAAGCUGCGGAGGAGCAGAGGCAGAGGGAGGAGGAGGAGGAGAAACACAAAGCAGCGGAAAAGAAGAGGGAGGAGAAAAGGCAGGAAAGAGAGAACGAAGAGGAGAAGCAGAGGCAAAUGAAAAGGCAACAGGAGCUCCUGAAGCUGGCCCGUCAACACUACCACAGAAACCUGCUGCUACGGCGAGGCCUGGCUCCAUGGAAACGUCUCAUUCAGAUCAGACAAGCCAACUUACAGCUGGCGGAGAGUCAUCACAAUCUCUUCCUCCUGAGGCGGUGCACACUAGGCUGGCGGCAAUCAGCACGAGAGUCCCAGGCUGAGAAAGAAGCUUCGGUUGACCAACUGUACCGGCACUUUUUGCUUCGGAGGAGCUUAAGCCGCUGGAAAAGACUUAAUGACUGGCGGAUGAUUCAGGAGGAGAGAGCCGAGCGUUUCUAUCGCACUCGCACUCUGAGGAGGUUUCUGCUGGCACUGCUGGACCAUGUGACCCAGGAGAGGCUUGUGGAGCGGGACCGUCAGAAGCUGGCUCAGGAGCACAAUAACAGACGGGUGCUGCGGCGAUGUUUGCUGGCCUGGAGGCAGCUUCCCUGUCUGCUGCGCAAGGAACGAGUGAGGGAGGAGCGGCGGGAGAAGCUGGGAAGGAGAGUGACCGAGGUUCUGCCGGAUUUCUGCUCCCAUCCACUGUAAAGCCUCUGGGAGAAACGCCACGCUCAUACAAACAUCUCAAACACUCUCGGGGACACGCAUACAAACACAUAAUGAAUACACAUGCGCAUACCUCAUUAAUUUAUUAAAAAUAAAUUACAAUUUUAUUCAAACAACUGGACCGAUACAACUUUCAAUCCCUUUGAAAUCGCUUUAAUAAAAGCGAUAGUGGAAAACACUGGAAAACUUCUCAAGGUGACAUUAAUGUGUACUGGUUUAUUUGCUUUUAAUUAAUCCAGCAAUCCGUUUGAACCAGCGAAAAGACAAUAAAAGUAACUACUAAUAUAUUCAUGGCUAUCCGAUCAUUACGCGAAAUGCAACCACAAACUGUAGAACUUUAAUUGCCCGAUUAUGUGGCUUGUGCUGAGAUGUUUCAUUCAUAGGUGAUACAUAAUCCAUGACGCUCACAAAGUCAAGUUAGGUGCCCUCCUUUGUGAACACUGUAGGUAAGUGUUUGUGGAGGACAAAGUGUGCUGAGAGACCCUCUUUGAAAAGGUGUUCAGCCCAUGCUUUGUGCGUCACUGAGGCGUCAUGUUGUCGCUGGCCAGAGCAAUUAUUCACUCUCACAUUUUUCUUGUUUGCUGACUCCCAGCAAGGCACUAGAAUGUAGAGGAGACAUAAAGACAAUGUUCAAAAGAGAAGGCAGUCAGUGUGAAGGAUACGGUGAUAUUUGUUCGGCAGAGACACUAGUGACACGUGGAAAGAGAUUCAAGGUCAGUGUGAGUGGGUACAGCUGCAUAGAGGAGAUGUCGUGGGUGACAUUAUUGGAAGUGAAUGUGUCUUAUUGUAGUUUUUAUUGCUAUGUGUCCAAAAAUCAAUAACUGUAACCCAGCGAUAAAAGUCAUUUGCGGCAAGCAGAGGAGGCAAUUGGAGUGAAAAGAGCCCUGCUGCCAUCCAGAGGACAUGAACAAGUACAGCAACCAUAAGCUCCAAACUCGUGUUUUAAAAUCAGGGUUGGGGAAUCGGUCUCUUACACGAGGUCUGCUGGGACGGGAGAGGGCGGAUUCAGUUUUCCUCCCAUGGUCAUGAACUCUGCCCAGUUGCAACGGAAACCUCGAGAGUAGACGCCAGUGUCCACGACGAGCCCCCAGUAGGAGCUGCGAGCGGUUUUGUCUCUCAGGGCCAUGCGUGCCUCGCGCUCGGUUACGUUGUAGCUGACGUUGAUGACCUGCACCAUCAGCAGGUGGAGCAGCCCACAGGUCACAAUACUGCUGUACCAGGCACAGGUGAAGCAAAGCGCAGCGCUGAAACACAGACAGUGAGAAAAGUUCGUAAAUGGAAAAUACUCUUGUCAGCAGUCUAAUUGUUUGAGUAUUACAAACGUACUGUAAUUUGUUGAUUAACUUUUACUGGUAUCGAUGACCCUACAGAGAAAUACAUUUUUCUUCUUUACCUUUCGCUUGAUCUGGUUUGUAUGUCAUGGUUGAAUGUUUAGCCGAUUUAGACAAUUUGGAUGCAACUCAAGAUUUCAGAAUGAGAAAAAGCAAGACCCACAAUAACAGAUCAAGUGAAGGGUAAAGUUUUACUUCUCUGUAGGGUCCUUUUCAUAAUGUUGACAGACACUACGAUCUGAGCCUGUCAGUUGCAAAAACAAGUAUUUCUGGCAGGCUGCAAUGCCUCAAGCCUUUACAUUGCAGCCUGCAGCGUUUUCCCUCAAUACUGGACCAAUUUUAAAAAAUGUGUCCCCAUUAUCAUUCAUAUCUUAUCAUAUCAUCAUCAUUUAGACACAAAAGCAUUGGACAAUCAGGUUCAGGUUUAAAAACAAGUUACCCUUUAUGACCCGAUAUACAUUUGAAUAACUUAAUAUUUUUCUCAUCUUUAAAUUUGAAAGCAUCUUAUUUUCUGAGAACAAUAACAAUGAAUGGGGUCAAAGAAACACAUUGACACACCAAUUUGUCUAUUUUUGGGAGAAAAACCUAUUUCAUCAGAAUAAGGGGGCUUUCAGAUUCAGGAAAAUAGUAAGGUUAAGGUACUAUAAUGUUAAAGUUAUCCAGCCCAGAGUGUACCAAUUGUGUGUCUAGGUGCUCAGUACCUGUACUGGUCGUAGACCCCCGGGCAGUAGAGCAGGGCGGUGAAGAGGAGUUGGUCAGGACACACACUCUGCAGCACCAGGCUGAUCCCAUACAGAGACGUCAACAGGAAGAAGACGAGCGUAAGCAGGAAGCUGCGGUGAUUGGUCUGCCCCACACAGCCGUUUAUCCUACCCGAGCACCGACGGAGGGGGACGCACAGACACACAAGUACACACAAAACAUCGUACUGAGACCCCAGGGUUACACGACACUACACACAUGCAGGACCACACAAA